AGAGCCGGUAAUCGGCAUUCCUCAGGGGGGACAUGUACACUGAUCAUCAGGGCACUGAUGAUCUGUGUAGCCCCAGCAGUGCCACUUCUCAGUGCUCAUUAAUGCCACCUGCCAGUGCACAUCAGUGCCACAUCAAUGCCACAUAUCAGUGCCUACCAGUGCACUUCAAUGCCACAUAUCAGUGCCCAUAUGAGCUGCCUUUCAGUGUUACCUAUCAGUGCCAGUCAGUGCCACCUAUCAAUGCCAUGCCGGUCAGUGCUGCCUAUCAGUGCCAGUCAGUGCCACCUAUCAGUGCCCAUCAGUGUCACCUAUCA